GCCCGCUCCCGGCGCCGGGGGGGCGGAGCUCUCGCGAGGCCUAAAACGGCGCGCGGGUCGCGGCUGUGAUUGGCUGCCGCGGGGCGCGGGCUCGGUGUAGUCCCGCAGCUCGGGGCUGGGGCCGGGGUUGGGGCCCGAAGCUCCAGCACCACGGGAGCAAGCAGAUCUGCGUGGCUGUGUUGUGGAUGGGGCCUUCCACUUCUGUCCGUGAACGGGAGAACGUCAUCUCAGCUUGAAAGAAAAUGUCUACACCUAAUGUCACAGCAAGAGUGGAAACCUGGCUUUCAUCCACGUGGCAUGUUAAAGUUCCUUUGACGUGGCUGGAAGCAUGUAUUAAUUGGAUUCAGGAAGAAAAUGGUGGUGGUAACUUAAGUCAAGCUCAAAUUAACAGGCAGGUAUUUGAGCAAUGGCUACUUACCGAUCUAAGAGAUUUGGAAUAUCCAGUUUUGCCUGAUGGCAUCUUAGAUGCCCCCAAAGGAGAGUUGUCUGGCUUUUACUCCCUACAGAUUGAUUCAUUGCUUGAUGUUAGCCAGCCAGCAUAUUCCCAGUUGCAGAAGAUAAGAGGGAAAAGUACUGUAAAUGAAGAAGUAACAGCCAAUGCGCAGGCAUUCCAGAAGCCCUGGGAAGCAAAGCCUACUCGAAUGCUGAUGCUGCAGCUAACUGAUGGGAUACAUCAAAUCCAGGGCAUGGAGUAUCAGCCAGUGCCUGUCCUCCAUAGCAACCUUCCACCUGGAACAAAAAUUACCGUGCAUGGUAAUGUUGCAUAUCGUCUUGGAGUCCUUUUGCUUAAACCAGAAAAUGUAAAACUGUUGGGUGGUGAGGUGGAUGCUCUUCUGGAGGAGUAUUCUCAGGAAAGGGUCCUUGCUAGAUUACUUGGAGAAGCUGAGAACCCAAAUUCUGUUGGACAACCUGGUCAUGAACAAAUUGUUCCAAGUCCUGUGUAUGAAUUAGGACAAACUCUAGGCCCUUCAGAUGAAGAGCUCUUGGCCAGUCUUGAUGAAAAUAAUGAAUUUAUUUUAAAUAAUGAAAUAUCUUUAGAAAGUGGAUACUGCAGUAGAAGCAACAAUUUUAGUACAGCCUCGGGUUCACUCACUACAUACAAUGAAAAUACUUUGCAACAGGAAUCAGUAGAUCUUUUGCCUCAUUUAGAUGAAGAAACUCCACCUUCUGUGGAGUAUGAUGAUGCCUUUUUAAAUGACUUUCCUUUGGAAGAUGACAUUCUUCUGGAAGAAGAGAUCCGAACAGAGCAGGAAGAAGUGCCGUCAGUUCCCAGGAAUGGAAAAGUAAAUUUAACUACUGAGAGAAUUCCACAUACAUACCAAAGCUCCUGUGGUUCAUCUUUAAAUGAAACUUCUGAAAAGGAUGAUGGACAUGAAAGAGAGAAGCCUGUAGAAGUUAUCAGCAAACAAAAGAAUUUUGGAAGAGCAAUAUUUACUGGAGAUGGAACUAGUACUAGUCACUUUUUAGAGUGUAAUAGUGUAUCUCAGGCCUGCAGCUCGGCAGUUGUUUUUUUGGAAAAUCCUCAUGAAGAAGGACAGAAUGAUUUAGACCUAGGUGAGAGCAGCUGUCAAUCCUGUCAUGCUCUUGACACCAGGCAGUUGAACAAGGAUCCUGUAUCUUUCUCAAAAACUGAUCCAGAAGCAGAUCAGCAGGCCAUACUUUGCAGACCAGAAGAUGCAUGCGAUCUUGAUUUAGAUUCCCCACCUUUCACAUACAUUUACCUUCUCCUUGAAAAAAAGCCAGAAACUGUUACAAUUGUGAAGGUUAAGUGUUUUAUUGUAACUCUUACUGGAAACCUCACAAGCAGUAAUGGGUCCUGGGGUAUAAAAGCAAAAGUUUCUGAUGGUUCUGCUUACCUUGAAGUAGAUUUUGCUGAUGAUAUACUAACAAGUUUGAUAGGAUUUUCAGUGCCUGAAAUGUAUUCGUUGAGAAAAGAUCCGGCUUCACAACCGAAGCUUAAGGAUGGCUUAGAAAAAUGUCAAAAACAACUGAUAGAUCUCUGUUGUUUGAUGACUAUAGAGUUUAAUCCAUUUCAGUCUAAAGCCACCGUCUUAAUUCUACAGGAUACUGAUGCGAGGCAUCUAGAACAACUGAAGAAACGUUUAAAUAAGUAAGAUGUACGAAGUUGCUGACCUAAUGGAAACAUUUAAGUUAAUAUUUCCCCCAAGAGGCUGUUGGAAGUUUAACAUUUUGAAGUUAAGUGGUAUGCCUUUUCUUUCAGGGAAAGUAGUGUAAAAAUGAGAAGAGGAGAUGAAUUGGUGGGAAGGAAUUUAGCAAUGUGCUUCUUAGGUGACAGCACUGAACUACAUUUUCAGAUAGUUCUGGCUUGAUUUAAAAUGUUCAUGUAUCAUUCUCAUUCAGCAAAAUGUUCUGUGAUCUUGACUGGUAUUCUGUAGGAGCAGAUUUUGUCGGGAAAUGAAUAAUAAAGAACAAACCUGCUGGUUCUUACUCAAGGAUGAAUUCUUACCUGAUAUUUGAGAGGUAGCUGUGGAGGAAAGCAGUUGAGUAAAUUGAGACAAUUAUUGUUUAAGUGUGAUCACUUCUGAAUAUGCCAGCUUGAAAAAUUAAAUGUGUAGUGUUUGUGCAGGAACGUGAAGUGUAGAAAAGUGGAAGAUUUUCUUCUAAAUAUUCAGGUGUAAAAAAAAAAAAAAAAAAAAAAAAA